ACUCAUUCCAUCAUUUUUUAGAGUAAUACACACUAGAGAGUUCUCCCAAUUCCUUUGUCUUUGUUCUUGUUUCUUUGCUUGCAAGUGAGUUGGGAGAAAGGCUGCCUAGCCCUCUAACGAAAUUUAGAGCUAGUGUCGCACGAUUGAGAGUAAGGUCGUGACAAUUCCUUCUGAGGAUUGGGCUGGGUACCUUGCAAUUGGCUUCUCUUGUGCUUUAAUUAAGACUUCGGAAGAUAUCCUCUCUUUUAGGCUUUGUCUAAUUCUAAUAGGUGAAAAUCCUCUUUGAUCUUCUCAUACAUGUUCCAUUAAUUCUCCAUAAUUGUCCAAAUGUGAAUCCAAAGUAUCCUAGAUUUUAUUUUACAUUAAAAAGCACAGAAACAUAGCAAAAGGGCUUAAAAAAUACAAGAACAUAGCUAAGGACUAAUAAUAGCUCAUAUUAUUUUUCAUGUCACUUUUACUAUUUUUAUUUUAUUUUUAACCUCAACACUUAUUUUAAAAAUAAGCAAACAUGUAAUAUAAUCAUUAUUAAUAGAAUUUGAACACACAACCUAUCCAAGUCUCAUAUUAUUAUGAGUUAAUAGUAUUUUUUACCACUCUACUAUUGCAAAGUAAUAAACGUACUCUCUACUAAUUUUUUGAACGGACAUACCUUUUUAAUAUUAAAAUAUAAAAAGAUGCCUUUUCGUCUAGUUUUCUAUUAAAUAGCUGUUAAAUGGAUGGAAAAUGACAAAAUUGCUCAAUUUUUAUUUUAACCAUUUUGUAUCACAAAAUCUAGGGCUGGGAAACGGUGUGGUCUGGUCCAGACCAGACCAUAUAUACGGCUAUGGUCCAGACCGAGAGGCUGGAGUAAAUACCAGACAGAGAGGUUGUUCUUUGCAUGCAGAAUGUCUCUCUCGGCCUCGAGUUCUUACACUUGCUCACGAAGAGAUCAUGGAACCUAAAGAUUCUGCAGCCUCCUCCUUCCAUACUCUUGAAAAGCGGUAAAACUUUCUUCCUGGAUUCUAUUGUGUUCAUGAAUGCAGUUGCAUCGCUCUCACGCCACACCAACCUAACACAUUCAAAGUGUGGUUUCCAGCUCCAUUAAAGGAUGAUUCCUGAGAAGAGGAUGUCAUCAUCUGUAAGCACAAACCAUUCCCAUAUAACAUAAUUCAGUGAAAACAUAAGAAUUUAGCUAGAGUCAGUUUUAGGAUGUUGGAGUGUAUUUGAAAGCUUUGUACAUAAAACUGAAGGAAGGAAUCAGGGGGUCGUACUUCCCCUUAUUUUCGAUCAUUACUUGGCAUUUAGUAAAAUAGGUUGAUUGGGCGAUUAUAUUAGCCACGUUAGUAAAAAACUGACAUCGUUAAUGGAGGUUAACGGAGAGUGACCAAAUAUGAUAUGUUUUAGUAAACAUAAUGAUCAUGAAUGGAAUUAAAUAUUUGUAGUGACCAAACAUAAAUAUUUUUAGUAAUCUUAAUGACCAACCUUGCAAUUAACCUCAUAAUCCGUGCUCCCAAAUCCAAAUAUACCAAAGCUUCGAGUCAAAACCCACAAAUUGAAUACUGAAUUUCUAUUCGUCGCCCUGAAUUUUAAAAAAUUUCGCCCUAAACCAUACUGAAUUGACGUUUUUAUCCCGAACUCCAAUUUCCCUAAUUCGUAGUAAUUGCCCCCCCCCCAACCAGCCGAUUGUCGGCCGUCACUGUGGUUCCCCAAAUCCGUCGCUGGUGCCGUUCUGAUAGUUAUGUGUUUGUGUGUGUGAAUGUGACUUGGUUACUGGAAUCACACCUUUGGCUAGCUUUGGUUCCUCUUUUCUUCCUUUCCUUUUUGUUUGGUUCUGCCUCUCGCUUCUUCUCUGCUCUCUCUCUCUCUCUCUCUCGCUCUCUAAAAACGAGGCAAUGACGAUAAUAUUUGAUCGAUUUUCUUUUUUCCGCGAGCUCCCGGCUUAGUAGCGGUAGAGCUGCCGAUUCCACGGCGGGGAGACUCAGGAUGGUCGGAUUUACGAAAAAUCUAAUUCCUCCCGGCAACCGAUUGUUUCGCAGCACGGACGUGGAGGAUCUUCCUCUCCUUCUCUGGACUACAAUGGUGGAUUCGAGCCUCCACUGAUUUGUUACUCGCAUUUGAUUUCAUUCAAGAACUACUUCCAAAAAACAAAAAUUCAACUUAAAAGUUUCAAUUUAACUUUUCAGUAUGCUUGUGAAUGCUAAGUUGUGAUUCCAGUAACCAAGUCACCAUCGUUCUAUCUCCCAACCAUCGAACCUGCACCGGAGGCAAUUAUGUGGUGAUUGUUUUAUUUUUUUUAAUUACAUGAUUAUUGUUUUAGAGUUUAAAAUUGAAAGAAAAAAAAAACUAAGGACAUUAAAGUAAAUUUAAUAUUUUUAGGGCGACGAAUAAGAAUUUUUAGGGCGACGAAUAGCAAUCCCCAUUGAAUAACGCAAACAAAUAAUUUGACAUUUACCAAAUCCUCCUAUCCAACUCACCUAAUAACAUAACAGGUCCACAACUAUCGGGCUCAACUCCUCUUGGGCUUCUGUUGUACUCAAGGCCUUAUUAUGGUGUCUUGCAAAUUGCAAUACAGGUCCAUAUAAAAACAAAUCCAAUUUCGACCAGUACGAGGAGGCACCACUUAUCACAACAGGUCCACAGCUAUCGGGCUCAACUCCUCUUGGGCCUCUGUUAUACUUUAAGGCCUUAUUAUGGUCCAUAUAAAAACAAAUCCAAUUCCGACCAGUACGAGGAGGCAGCCACUCCCCGCAACAGCCAACAGAUAUUAAGGAUUAGAGAUUUCUUCGACCUCCGGUGUUUCUUCCAUAACUCCUUUCUCCUCCGGUGGCGUUAUCUUCGGUCUGCCAUGGCGACCGGGAACUGUGCUUCGGCUUCGAAUCCGCGGCUUUGCAUCUCCAAUGAACGACCAUGGAUCCGUUCAACAGGAGUAAACUCCAUCAGCAAACUUGCGGAGGAUCUCCUCCAAGAAAUUCUGAUUCGCAGCUUUCUGAACCCUAGAUUCGCCUGCCGUAGCAAACUUGUCUGCAAGCGAUGGAACUCCCUGAUCUCCAGUCCCUCUUUUAAUUGCCGUUUCGUUUCUCACCGCCAGAGCAUCAACGAACUGCAACCACCUCUGGUACUUUCCUCAGAAGACCAGCAAUCGAUCAUCCCGGGCUUUGUCCCUAUGCCUACUGUAGAUCAUGAGCUGCGUUUCUCAGUUCUGGAUUCCUUCCAGGACUUGCUUCUAUGUGGGUUUCAGAUGCCAGAAGACCUUGAUGACGAAUUCCGCAGGUCGUACUUCCUCUGCAAUCCGUUUACGAAGCAAUGGAUCGCCCUUCCUCUGGCGCCUUGUCGGCCGACGAGGUGUUCGGGAUUGGUCGCAAGGUUAGUUUGUGAACCCCGAAAUUCUUAUAAUCUUGAUCUAGGAGAUGGCCGAGCAGGAUCUGUUGUUUAUUCUGAGUAUCGAUUCCGGGUUGUGUGUUUAUAUCAACAUAUGAGAAAGUCAAAUUGUUGGACAAGACUAGACAUGUUUUGUUCCGAGUCAGGAGAAUGGAACAAGGAUCCUCUUGUUGUUGAUACCCAUUUUUACUGCGACAGAAUGAAUGUAGUUUCCUGCAAUGGAGAGUUAUUUUGGGUGUCUAUUCGGCGUCAUUAUAUGAUUGCUGUGUUUAAUCCUUUCUGCCCAGAGAUACCUCCUUCUUAUAUCAAUGCUCCUCAACUCCUGAAACCGUGGUGGGAUAUUUCGGUAUCACAGGGUGCUUUGCACGUAUCUGCGUUCAACAGCAAACCUGAAGGUGGUGAUUCAAGAAUUGCCUCAAGUAUUUGGAGAUUAGACGAUGACCAUAAAUCUUUUAGCCUAGUAUGUGAAGGUGUGUUAAAGACAGCCCGUCCAAGAUCUAACCCUAGUGUUCAGCUCGAUGAUUUCUUCCUAGAGCUAGAAAGGAGUAUGAGUGCCUCACUGCACAGUAUUGUCCUUCCUUAUCUGCAUCCAGAGAAGCCGGAAAUUGUCUUCUUCCAUUAUCUUGAUGUGAAGGGAGCUAUCUUGUCCUGUGAUCUGAGAAGGGGAGACCUAGAGUUCCACUCUGAACUUAGAGUACUACUUUCUCCCCGUUGGGCAUUAUUCCAUCCUACCAUUUCUUGUUGGCCUAUUCCAAUUCCAAGGUACGAAGAAUUGCGAGUUAUCUAUGAUGGAAGCUAUAGCUGUUGGGUUCAGAGCAGCAAACCAACAACUCCCGCAAUAACUGGACCAACAACUCCUGCAAUAGCUGAAGAACGUCUCCUAAGUUAUCAUGCAUAUAGGUGCAACAGAUGAAUUUGGUUCGUGGAUUCUCGGAUUGGAAGUGCAGCUCCCACUCCCAGCCUCCAUGUGUCCCUUCCCUUCCGAAGCAGACGCUUUUCAGAUGAGAUCUCUAGUUAUUUAAUAGUAAUGAUCGGUUGUUGAGUAUUGAUUUUCAUGUACUAGUAUAGAUUGUUCAUACUGGUAUUGGUUGUCGUUUAUUGGUAUAAAUUUCUUGUACUUAUAUUGGUUGUCACGUUAUGGUAAUGCUGAUUUUCCUGCUUUUCUUUUUCUAAUGGUAUUGGUUGUUGAGUAUUGAUUUUCAUAUACUAGUAUAGAUGGUUCGUAGUGGUAUUGGUUGUCGUUUGUUGGUAUAAAUUUUUUGUACUAAUACUUGUUGUCGUGUACUGUGUACUGUAUAUAGUAUUGAUUUUCUUGUAUUGGUAUUGGUUUUAGUUAGACAUCCAGAAGAACUACAUAUGGCGGCGGGCGAUGAAGCACAAGAUUGGAAGUGACUAGUGUUUGAACCCUAGACAAAAAGAAGAGGAAACAAUUGGUUCACCAAAGUGGUUCGUUCGGUAUAGAAAUUGAUUACUUAAGGACAUGCACUGACUUUACCAUAGAAUAGUUGAGGCGACCACGUGUGAAUAUGUUUGUGCACUUUAGCAUAUAAUGGUUGAUGCGCUGACUUCAUUUAUAUAUGAAGAAUGGAGGUCACUAGAGUUUGAACCCUAGACAAAAAGAAGAGGAAACAAUUGGUUCACCAAAGCAGUUCGUUCGGUAUAAAAAUUGAUUACUUAAGGACAUGCAUCGACUUUACCAUAGAAUGGUCAAGGCGAUCACGUGUGAAUAUGUUUGUGCACUUUAUCAUAUCAUGGCCGACGCAAUGAUUUCAUUUAUUUAUGAAGUGUGUCUUUAUAUAUGCUCUUGGAAAAAAGUUAAAUAUGGACAAUCUUUUCUCAAAUAGCAUAUAAGAUUGAAUCGGCCCUUCCACUACCUACAAAAAUAUUAUUCGCUCUGAUUUGUGUUUAGUACGUGACAUGUAUGAAUAAUUGAACGUUAAGAUA